UACAUCCUACUCUGCUGCCUCCACCACACUCACUUGUCUAAAAGCCACACAUGAAGGUUGAGUUCUUGGGUCUGAGACGACAAGGUGUAAUAUAGUCUCUUGUUAGCUCGUCUGCAGCGCAUCUACCAAAAUCGGGGUAUACACAACCAGCAAUAAGCAGCAUCAGCAGGACGCAUGGUGCCCCCGGAGCUGAUCGCUGCGUUAUCCAGCCCUGACAUGCUGCGUGCGGUGGAUCUGCCGGUGUUGCCUGUGAAGAGGAACAUAGAGUCCCCUAUGGCUGUCACUGCACCGCGCAGGGUCUGUUAUACGCGGGAGCACGAUUUUUUGGAGGAUGGGGAUGUGCAUCGCCAUUUGUAUUUGCAAGACGUAUUGACAAGCAUUGGAAAAGUGGAAGAAAGGCCCAAAUUGUCAGAGUUCCAAUGCCAAAUGGCAGGCUGUGCUCAGCUCUUUGACACGCUAGAGUGUUAUGAGCAUCAUUACAACACAUUGCAUAGAAAUGUCUGCUCCACCUGUAAACGCUCCUUUCCGUCUGCGCGUCUUUUGGACAUUCACAUCCUGGAGUGGCAUGACUCCCUCUUCCAGAUAAUGGCAGAGAAAAGCAAUAUGUUCCAGUGUUUGGUUGAGGGAUGUAUGGAAAAAUUCAAAACAAGUGGGGAAAGGAAGCACCAUUUAAUCGAGGCUCAUCUGUAUCCUCCUGACUUCCGCUUUGACAAGCCCAAGAAAAACAAAAGCAAACUGAAGCAGGAGUAUAGCCAAGGCCAAGAGUUGUCCAUGGACGUAACACCAGAAGGGCCACCAGUGGUGGAAUUGGAAUCGGAAUCUAUGGAGAUCAGUCACUCACCUGCUUGUGACCAUAGUGUUUUUCCUACUGCAAAUUCUUCAAACACCCCUAACAAGUACAGGGUUCCUUCUACCAUCUGCUUCGGACACGGAUCUGUGAGAGGAUUCAGACAUACAAAGAAAAAGAAGUGACCAUUUCAUAAAUGAAAAGAACAUUUUUAGAAAACCAAAUUUAGUCUAUCAGUUUUCAGUGUGCUGCAACGUUUGACAAAAUGUUCAACAGAGUUACCAGUAGAUGGUGCUCUUGUUACACAGACACCAGAGAUUGGCUUGAAGUUCUUCUGUGGAUGGAAGCUACACAUUCAAUUCAGGGAGGAAUUGCAAUGUGACUGGGGCAGUCUCCUGGUAUAUACAGUUGUGGAAGUGGUUGGUGUGUCUCUUGGGAAGGGGAACGACGACAAGUCCUCUCAACAAAGUUUUAUGCCAUGGAUUAUUUGCAACUUUUUAUUCUUCUACAUCUUAAUGGGAAUAAAAAAUAAAGUAUUGAAAUAAAUGAGAUAAAUAUAGUAUCAGUGACUCACCUUUUCACAAUGUAACACAUAGGAACAGAUGGUUUAAACAAAAAAGGAUGAAGUAUAUGUAAGAAAUGAAAUAGCAUCCAUUUUGGGCAUGUCCUGAUGUGGAGUACUGUAAAACUGGCGGGUGGAUGGGAAAACCAUACGCUCCAUGGAUGUAUUUCUGGAUAUUUUAUUCUUUUGUGACUAAUUUUAAAUGGUCUAAAAUAAAAUAUAAAAUGUUGCUUAUUCAA